UUCUAUCUGUAGACUGUAAUCGUGAAAUUUUAAGCUCGCUGAAAUUGUAAAACAUUUUUUUUUUUAAAUCUCGUUCUCAUUAAGCGAGCUAAAUAUCUGUUCAAAGAAUUUGAGUAUAAUUGACCGUGUUGAUUAUUGUUGAUUUGGAUUAGUUGCUCGUUGAUUUUAGUAUAUGUUCUUUGACAAUGGAAUGGAAUACACGAAAGUUAGCAUUUAUACUUUAAACCUGAAUUGCAUAGCGGCCGAUAUAUAGGCUGAGUCGGCGAUUUUACAGCACUGCGCAUCACUUAAUUAUCAAAUCUACCAGUUCUAGGUCGAGUUUUUAGGGUUGGGUAAUAUGAGAGGAGGCAGCCAGUACAAGAAGAAGAGGAAGAGAGGUGCGGAGCGGAGCAUCCACCCUCGAAACAAAUACUCCGAUCAUCCGCCUGAUUUCAAACUCCUAGCUUCACUUUACCCAUCUUUCAGUCCCUACGUGUUUUACUCUCGCGAUGGCCGACCUAGCAUCGACUGGACCGACUUCAAUGCCACUCGUCAACUUACCCGCAUCCUUCUCCUCCAUGAUCAUGGAAUUAAUUGGUGGAUUCCUGAUGGGCAGCUCUGUCCCACGGUUCCCAACAGAUCGAAUUACAUUCAUUGGAUUGAAGAUCUUUUGGCGUUGGACAUUAUCCCUAACUCACAUCCCAAUGCUGAUGUUGUGAAGGGUUUUGAUAUUGGAACUGGAGCAAAUUGUAUUUACCCUCUUCUCGGUGCUUCUCUUCUUGGUUGGAGCUUUGUUGGAUCAGAUGUGACAGAUGUGGCGCUCGACUGUGCAAAAACUAAUGUACAAAACAAUCCUCACAUUGCUGAACUGAUUGAGAUCAGAAAAGUUGAAAGCUACACAGGAACUCGGGAAGAUCAGGAUGAGCUUCACUCGGGUGUGAUUGAGAGUUACCAUAAACUGCCUAUUUUACUUGGUGUUGUCAAGGAUGGUGAAAUCUUCGAUUUUUGCAUGUGCAAUCCUCCAUUUUUUGAGACAAUUGAAGAAGCCGGUUUAAAUCCUAAGACUUCUUGCGGCGGGACACCAGCUGAGAUGGUCUGUCCUGGUGGUGAACAAGCUUUCAUUACUCGCAUAAUCAUGGACAGUGUCCAGUUAAAGCAGUCUUUUCGGUGGUAUACUACAAUGGUUGGAAGAAAAGCAAACCUAAAAACUCUAACAUCAAAGCUUCGGGAAGUUGGAGUCACUAUAGUUAAGACAACUGAAUUUGUCCAAGGCCAAACUUGCCGCUGGGGUCUUGCUUGGUCCUUUGUACCUCCUUCCACAAAGCUAGUAAAGUGUCACGUAAUCAAAAGUGACCUUUCCUUCAUGCUUGAGGGUAUCCAACGGAAAUACAGCGCGAUUGAUGUUUUGCAGUCAGUGGAGUCCUUCUUCAGUAGUGGUGGAGCAUCCUGCAAAUCAGAUGUUGCAUUAUUCCAGAUUAAUAUUAGAGCUUCAAAGUAUCACUGUGAUGCACUGUUAAACGACAGGACACUAGAGACUUUUAAAGCUCAAAGUUGUCAAUAUGCGCAUACAACAUCAAAUGUUUCAGAUGGUUCGAACUCUCUAUCAGAUGAAUUGCAUUUUCGCAUCUCGGUCUUUCAGCAAAUACCAGGCACACUUUUGGUGAAGGGAUCAUUGCAGCAGAAAGAAAACCAAGGCAUGUUGUUAUUGAUCUUUCAACACUUGGAGUCUACUCUACGGAAUAAAUUUUGCUGAGGAACAGAUUCUUCUGAUGUAUCUUGCUGUGCUAGAUAACACUACAGUAAACUAACUAUGCUUCAGGUUGACGGGGAGAAUUGCAAAUUCAGGGUACGAGUGUUUUGCAUAGAAUAUGUUGUCUUUUGAGUUUUAGCUCUUAAAGUAUGUCAUCAUGUUGUUUAAUAGUGUUGAAUUCUAGAUUUCAUUAAAACUCUCCUGCAUGUUUGUAUUCUAGUUAACACUAGUUUUUAUACAUCUUUUUAUAGAAGGUAACUGGAAACAUUACAUGCACAAGUUGCAAACAUUAUAUAUACAAUUUGCGAAGAAAGAUUUUGACAAGCAUUUUAAUUAUUAAAGUACAUUGAGAACAUAGGUAAACUACACUUGUUAACACGUUCUUACUAUAUGAAUAUUGAAUGUAGUGGUUGCACAAUCAUUUGAGUGAAAUUUAGAAUUAUUUUUAGAGUUAUGAUGAUUUGGCAGCCUAUCUUGCAGAAAAGGGAUUAUUGCAACAUUUUGCAGAUAUGACCAUUGCCGGAAAUGUCAGUGGUUCACUGCAGAUCACUAGAACUAAUCCUACUAGCCUGGGAUAUUUACCGAGGAGGAUCUGUACUUAAAGGAUACUCUGGCAGCUUAUCAAACAGCUGCAGAAUGCGGAUGCAGCAGCACGCAUUCAGGCUGCAUUUAGGGAGCAAUCACUUAGGGUGCAAGCCCAUGCAGUAAAGUUCUCUAAUCCUGAGGAUGAAGCACGCAAUAUAAUUGCAGCAAUGAAGAUCCAGCAUGCAUACCGCAACCAUGAUUACUGUAGGUAGCUCAAGACAUGUAGCUCCUCCAUACGUUUUUGCAAAAAUGGGAGCUUCAUGACUGUAGGUUGUAUGCAAAUAUGGUUUGACAUGAAUGAAACCAUAUACUAAGUUUUUGCUCGUUAUUCUCUCUUUUCAUUGGUACUAUAUGCUUGUAAGGUUGUAUGCGGCGUAUUGAUCAAGUGUCUGCUUUUUAUACGUUGAAUCUAGUCUGUACCGGAAGUGGGGAUGUGAUUGCAUAUAGGGUCAAGAUAUGGAAGCCUUUGUGCAAUUAGUGCAUUUUAAUUUGUACAGUUACUUGCACAAUAACUUUUCAGCUGAGAUUAAGAAAUACAGGAUAUUGGCA